AUGUCCGACUUCAAGUCCGACUUCAAGUCCGACUUCAAGUCCGACUUCAAGUCCAUUGCCGACUUCAUGUCCGACUUCAAGUCCGACUUCAAGUCCGACUUCAAGUCCAUUGCCGAUUUCAUGUCCAACUUCAUGUCCGCCUUCAUGUCCUUUACUGACUUCAAGUCCGACUUCAAGUCCGACUUCAAGUCCAUUGCCGACUUCAUGUCCGACUUCAUGUCCUUUACUGACUUCAAGUCCGACUUCAAGUCCGACUUCAAGUCCGACUUCAAGUCCGUUGCCGACUUCAAGUCCAUUGCCGACUUCAUGUCCGACUUCAUGUCCUUUACUGACUUCAAGUCCGACUUCAAGUCCGACUUCAAGUCCAUUACCGACUCCAAGUCAGCCUUUAGAUUAUAUGACAACUUCACUGUGAAGGAAGGUGCCAAGCUGGACUGCAGGUACAAGGUAGUAGCCUUCGUCGGAGAGGGGGUCUUUGGAAAAGUUGCCAAGUGUGACGACAUUGAAACAAAACAAAAAAUAGCCAUCAAAAUAAUCAAAUUUGGCAAUAAAGAAGAAGCACAGAAAGAGAUUACAAUUCUCAAGCAGCUUCAGACACUGGAUGACAAAGGCCAUUUUGUGAGAUGGUAUGGCUCAUUUCUCCAUGAGGACUUCAUCUGUCUGAAGUUCGAGCUCUUGGACCUCAGCCUGUUUGAUUACAUGGUGCAGAGAAAUUUCGAGUCAAUGAGCAUGGCUGAGAUUCAUCCAGUUUUGUAUCAGGUGACAACUGCACUGCUGCAUUUGGAGGCCCUGGAAAUCAUCCAUAGUGACCUGAAACCAGACAACAUCAUGAUUGUGGAUCGCAGGCAGCAGCCACUGAAAGUCAAGCUGAUUGACUUUGGUCUGGCUCACCUUGUGUCCGACGUUGACGUAGUCAAAUGUGUGCAGGCUCUGUGGUUCAGGGCUCCAGAGGUCAUUCUUGGUAUCUCAUACAAGCAAUCAAUAGAUGUCUGGUCGCUGGCUCUCAUUGUAGCGGAACUUGCUGUGGCCUUCCCUAUCUUUCAAGCGAUAGAUGAACAUCACAUGAUGAAGUUCAUUGUGAACACAUUGGGUCAGCCACCAGAUGAUCUGCUUGAAGCUGGAGUGUACAGCAACACGUUCUUUAAUUCUCAGGGGGGAAUAUGGGAACUGAUGGCUCUAGAAGAGAUCGAGGAUCGUGAGGAAGUCAACGAUACGAGAUGUUUUAACUCUCUACAGGAAUUGGAGAAGUUGAUCUAUUGGGACCAUCACACUGAGGAGGCCGAGGUGCGAGACUUUGUGGACGUCCUUAAAAAGAUGCUGCAUUUGGACCAAAAUCAACGAAUAAGACCUCAUGAAAUGCUGGAGCAUCCGUUCCUCUCUGCUGGAGCCCACCAACACCAAGCAGCCUACCAAGUUCAUGGCUCUUGA